AUGAAUUCUAGAAAGCGACAAAAGAGUCGCAAUGGCGCCAUACGCUCGUUACGUUCCGCCCAAGGCUGCAGCGCCGGUCGCUGCUGCCGAAACGAUCGCAUCAUCGGCACCUGCUCCUGCUCCGGUCAAGACCAAGCAGAUCAAAGUACCAAAGGGUCCAUCGAGAAGCGACGACAAUGGCAGAAAAAAGAGAAAGCGUACAGAGGUAGACACGGCGGCCGACGAGGACGGUCCUGCUAUCCCCAGCAAGCACAAUGCCGUCUUCUCCAAAUUCCAGAAGGCUGCUCAGCGUUCAGAAGCCGCCAAAGCCGCCGCGCCAGACGACGACGUCGAGCCCGAGAUCAAGCCUGAGCUGCACGAUCUCACGCCAUUACCGCAGCCCGAGCGUGCCCCAACUCCCGAAUUCGUACCUGCCUUUUCCUCGCUCCCACAAUGGCUCGCCCAGCCGACCAUUGUCUCUCAGUCCACCACCCGUCCCUUCAGCGACCUCUCCUUGUCCAAGAAGACCUUGCUUCAUCUCGAAUCAAGGGGCUACAAGAAUGCAUUUGCUGUCCAAGCCGCCUUGCUCCCCAUCCUUCUCCCACAUCCCUACUUGACCCAUCUUCCCCCGAACGAUGUCUGUGUUAGCGCUCCGACUGGUAGUGGCAAAACCUUGGCCUACGUCCUCCCCAUCAUCGAGAAUCUACGUCCCCGUCUGGAUACAAGAUUGCGCGCUGUCAUUGUCGUCCCAACUAGAGAACUUGUCGCUCAGGCAUACACAGUAGCAUCAACAUGCGCUCAAGGUUCCGCCAUGCAAAUUGCGCUGGCUGUCGGCAACCAGUCAGUUGCUGCCGAGCAACACUCACUAGUCAAGAAAGGCCGAAUCUAUGACCCCGAACGCUAUCAAACACUUAUGGACAAGGCAAGAAAGCGCCAAUCUUUUGACCUGGACUCGGACUUGGACGAGAGCGAAAUGGCCAUGCUCGACGAUGUUGUUCAGCUCCCUUCCGGCUAUGUUCCAACAUAUACCUCCGCUGCGGACCUUCUGAUAUGCACCCCCGGCCGUCUGGUUGAACAUUUGACUGCCACGACCGGUUUCACCUUGGACCAUGUUGAGUGGUUAGUCGUCGAUGAGGCCGAUCGUUUAUUGGAUCAAAGCUUCCAAGAGUGGGUGGCCAAGGUCACCGCUGCUUUGGAUGUUCAGAGGCCUCUCCCCCCUUCGACUCCUGAAAUUGCUGCUUUGCGCCAUUUGAUGCCUCACCGUGACAGAUACGUGAGGAAGAUCAUUCUGAGUGCCACAAUGACUCGCGACAUCUCCAAAUUAAGUGCUCUUAGACUGCGACGACCGACCAUGGUAGUCGUCAAAACAGAAGCUGAUGCUACCCUUGCUCAUCAAGCAACUACCACGGAUGGUACGGAGAAUUUCGAAUUGCCUACCACUCUUUCAGAGUUUGCUAUCCCUGUUGGCGAUGGCUCCGAUAAGCCACUUUUCCUGCUCGAGCUCCUCAGAUCCAAGAUUAUGCCUGGCUCGUUGCUCAAUACAGAUGCUGUUCAGAACGAUGUCUCCUCACCGUCUUCUUCGUCUGAUGGCGAUUCUUCAUCUGACGAGGGCUCAUCAUCUGACGAAGACAGUGACUCCUCAGAUGGCUCUUCCGACGAGGAUGAUAGCUCGGAUGACAGUUCGGAUGACAGCAGCGGCAGCGUCAGCGUCAGCGAGACCUCUUCGUCCUCAGGCCUACCAGAAGAAUCACCAAAAUCCACCACUAACAGUAUGGUCUUGAUCUUCACACCCAGCACCGAGGCAGCAGCUCGUUUACACCAUCUCAUCACACAUAUCGAGCCAUCAUACAAGAGCACAACUCUGCUUCUCACUAAAACAUCUACGAACCUUAACUUCAAUACAUCAUCUCCUCCUCGUGUCAUCAUUUCGACUGAUCGUGCCUCUCGCGGUCUCGAUUUGCCAUUGCUGACGCAUGUCAUCAACUAUACCAUACCGCGUAGUCUGGCAUCAUACGUGCACCGUGUGGGUCGCACAGCAAGAGCUGGUCGGAGUGGCGAAGCCUGGACAUUAUUCUCCGAAAACGAAGGUCGUUGGUUCUGGAAUGAGAUUGCAAGAGCCAAGGGUAUAGGCAGAAACGCAAAGGUAGAGAGAGUUAAUCUGAAGCUGGCAGACGAACAGAAAGAAGGCGGAGAGAUGCGUCACAGAUAUGUGGACGCGCUGGAAGGCAUGAAAAAUAUUGUGACCAGCAAAAGCACAAAUUCAAGAAAGGGCAAGAAUAAGAAGAGUAUGGAUGUGGAAAUGGCAGACUAAACUAUUUAUCACCAGCAGGCCUACUGUAUAUACUGUAUAAGGAUGAGUUUCUUCCAUGCCGAACACAGUUGAUGAAGCAUGAUCAGGCACCUUGUGUUUUCCUGAUCUCAUGCUGGCAGCAGAAAGGUCCGAGGCUGCUGCAGACAGAUAAGGGAACAAGAAUGCGUGCAAGAAUUGACGUUGUGUGAAGCCUUGCCAGAUCCGUAACAUAAGGUCCCAGAACAACAUCAAAGG